AUGGGCCAGUCUUCUUCUACUCAAAGAGAACAACGCCAUCAAUUUCCUACCGAACAUACCAUACCUCAUCAGCGCAGUUCCACCCGUAAUAGGCAUGAAGACAUGAAUAACGGGCACAACACGGAGCAGGUAGGGGACAUUGAUCCCCUGACAAGUCAAGAAGCAGGCAGUAGCGAUGUGCCGAUGAUUCAUCCUGGCGAAAUGUCUUUGCCGUCUGAAUCAUGGCAAUCGCCAAUCGCAACCUCUGGCGACAUACCGGGCCUUUCAAGGCAAAUGGGAAAUAUUCAGGAAGAGACCGGGUCACAGUAUGGAGCCAGCCAGCAGGAUAUUCAGUCGGCGAUCCUUGCUCGAGUGGCGAGAAGGCAGUCCGCGAUGUCAAGAUUGGGAUCGAGGAUUUUGCCAAACUCUGUUAUUCGUGGGCUUUUAAAUAGUGAGGAAGAGACUCCGGCGGAAGGCCACGCCCACCGACAUGGGAUUGUCUCCAGGACUAUACCAAGAUCGGAGGUCAAUCAAAGUAGCCCCCGGUUCAGCCCUUUCGCGUCCUUGAGCUCGAGAGGUGGGAAUCGAAGACGCUCGUUCCGUGGUCCCUAUUUUAAUCCGCGUAGUGAUGCAGGGAUGAACUCGCAUAGCGGAUAUCCAGGGAUGUCUUCCAGUGUCUCGACCGAAAGCCCAGCUGAAGCUGGAGGGUGGCGGCGAAGCGUUCGACUACGCCGUGUUGGACACUCUAUAUCAACGCCGAUCGCCCAAAUGUUCGGCCAGCCAUCCCCUGGCCCGUCUCAGGAACAAGGUCCCGAGAACGCCCCCAUUUUCCACAAUCCAGACCCCGUGGACUUUAUUCCUCAACCGGGCCCAAUUGAUACUCGCAUGGAUUUUGACUCACCGCAUGAACUUGAUUCUGGGGAACCCGCGCUAGGCGACCAGCAGCCCACAUCCCCUUUGCUGUCGUCGCAAACCCACCCCAGUGCGCGGCAUUUUCCGAGUCUACUACGGGCACGGCCAUCAAGGGCUUUGCGCCGGGAAGAACAAACACCCCUAUCGCGCGUUCUUCAGCUUGCGGCUACUGCCAUCGCGGCGCAACUUUCCGGUGGACCUAGCCCAGCCUUACCCAAUAUCCAAUCUUUGGGAAAUAACAACGAUGGUCAGGACGGCUCUCUAGAAAGCUUCAUACAGAGUUUACAGCGUGCCACCUCUGGUCCACAACCUCCUGCAGAUACACCUGAUACUCGAGAGGAGGAACCGCCCCCAACGCCUGUUAAUUUCAUGAGAGUAUUCCGGUUCGCUAAUUCAGAUAGCCCCCGCUCCCCUGACGCAUCCAAUCGCGCAAGAGCGGAACCAGGCGAUGCUCCGAAUAAUGAAGGCAAUAUGGACACGGAUCACCAUGCGGACGGACCCGAAGGUCGAACAGUCACUCUUGUUGUUGUUGGCGUGAGGUCCGUUCCAUCUGGAAACAGUCCAUCGCCUGGCGAUCAACAACCCCCGGCACUGCCUGGUUUGGAUGCCCUCCUCCGGCUUCCUUUCUUAGCUCCGGGAGCCUUCCCACCUCGACGCCCAGCAGCGACCACCACGUCUAGUCGCCCGACACCCCCCGGUGUGUCCAGUAAUGAUGAUAUUCCCCCACCACUGGGAUCGUCGAAUACAUUGCGAAGACUGUCAGAUGCCGGUAGUCGUGGUCCUCCCUCAUCACUACCCUCCAUUGUAUCGGACAGCCCUCCAGGUCCCCAUCCACCUCCAUCGACCCCGGCGGAACCGGGACUCUCCGCUGUUUCGUCUGGUGCUUCAACCCCCAGCCGGAGGUUAUCGACCGCCUCGGCCAUGUCCCCAAAUGUUUUACCACAGUUGAAUGAAAACCGCUCCAUGCAGCCUGCUGUGGAGACUUCAGAUGAGGCCUUCCCGCCCAGCACUUCUCAUCAGCGACGUCGAAGUGACUCUGAGUUUGCGCGCCACCGCGAGCAAUUGGGCUCUGGGGCCGCCAGGCGUAACGGAGUUGUGGAACCUGAUAAUCAUAAUGCACCAACUGGUAGAAGUUGGUUAAUCUACGUUGUUGGAACUAACCUCUCGGAGAACCACCCUGCAUUUGCUGCGCCGAGCCUGUUUACUGAUAACCCGACCUACGAAGAUAUGAUCUUACUCUCAUCACUUCUUGGCCCCGUCAAGCCCCCGGUGGCUACCCAAGAAGACUUAACCUCCGCGGGAGGGUUGUACCGUGUGGUAGAAUAUGGAGGCUCUCUUUCUGCGGAGUCAGCUGAUCACUCGGGUGCUAUUCAGCUCACAGAAGGUGAACGCUGUUUAAUCUGCCUCAGCGAAUACGAAGCGGCGGAAGAGGUUCGCCAGCUGACGAAAUGCGAACACAUCUAUCACCGGAUAUGCAUUGAUCAGGUACCAUGGCGCUCUUUACCAUUUCUCCCUUUGUCGUUCUUAGCUUCCGAUAUCCACUGCUGCAUCACUUCAUUUGAUUUUGGUUGUUGGGGUCCGGAUACAUUUCAAGUCAAACCAGUGUUCAUGAUUGGGGUGAGACACCCUCCUUCACCGACAUUGUCAGUGUCAAUGUCGACAAUUCCACAAGGACUGGCUCAAAAGAUGAAUCCUAUCCGAGUAACGGUCCUCAUAUCCGGCUCCGGAACAAACCUCCAGGCUGUGAUCGAUGACACAACACUCCCUGCAAAAAUCAUCCGGGUCAUCUCCAACCGCAAAGACGCCUUCGGUUUGGAGCGUGCACGCCGCGCUGACAUCCCCACGCACUAUCACAACCUCGUGAAAUACAAAAAACAGCAACCCGCAACACCGGAGGGUGUGCAGCGUGCAAGGGAAGAGUAUGAUGCCGAGCUUGCGAGACUAGUGUUAGAGGAUAAGCCCGACUUGGUUGCUUGUUUGGGGUUCAUGCAUGUUCUUUCGGAGGGUUUCUUGGGACCGUUAGAGGCGAAGGGCCUUAGAAUUAUCAACUUGCAUCCGGCUUUGCCGGGGGAGUUUAAUGGAGCUAAUGCCAUUGAGCGGGCCCAUCAGGCAUGGUUGGAUGGUAAGACUGAGAGAACCGGAGUCAUGAUUCAUAAUGUGAUUUCAGAAGUGGAUAUGGGGAAGCCGAUUCUUGUAAAGGAAAUUCCGUUUGUGAAAGGCGUUGAUGAGGAUCUACAUACGUUUGAACAGAAAGUGCAUGAGAUUGAGUGGGGGGUUGUCAUUGAAGGAUUGCAGAAGACGAUUGAAGAAAUCCGCUCGACGAAGUCAUAG